AUGGGCAAAAACGGGGUGGGUAUCCAGCCAAAGGGCCUGGCUCUAGCAAUAACGACCGGCGCGUGCCUCGCCGCCGGCUACUCCCUCCUGUCUGACCACGAUUUUCAGCGGACAAAGAAGUCGGUCGCCGGCGGCUCCCUCUUCUUUCUCGGCUCGUACCUCUUCAUCCGUGGCACACGGUUUGACGACGCGCAGACCGGCGCAGUGGUCACCGCCUGCUUCACUCUGGCUGCGAUCAUUGCUUAUGCGCGCGCAAACCCGAGGUGA